CUCUGUCCAAACCUGUUCACCGCGUCUGCUGUUGCAGCAAAACAGCGGCACAUUCCUAUAAGAUACCAGAACACUCUCUGUCUGUCUUCACUGCUUUCUGUCCUUCUCUCAAUCUGUGUCGCUUGUUUACUUGUGUGUACGCCAAGAGCAGCUAUGCCACUCAUAGUGUUUUAUACCAGCGUGAGCGCUUCCAGGGAGAUUAAGGCAAACCAGGACAGAAUCACAAAUGUCCUGGAUUCCAAAAACAUCCCUUAUACAAUUGUGGACAUUUCUCAGAAUGCUGAGAAAAAGGACUUAAUGAGGAAGAUAUCUGGGAACCCAACUGCACUGGCACCUCAAAUAUGCAACGAGGAUGUCUACUGUGGUGACUGUGCUGCAUUUGACAAGGCAGUUGAGGAUGAAAAUUUGAAAGAGUUUCUCAAAAUAUAGAAGGAAUGGUGACCAUGUAUGAGACACUCAACCAUACAAACAACAAGUGUGUGUCCUAUAAAGUUGUAUUCAUGUUUUUAUUUUCUUUGUUUGAUUUUAUAAAGACAUUUUGAUGAAAAA